CUCUAAUACGCUCGCGGCAUCAGCGAUGGUGAUGGCAGGGGUCACGUUCUCCGCUAUUCUAUUCGUUCGCUUGCUGACAUGGCGCUCCUCCUCCUCCUCCUCCUCCUCCUCUUCUUCUUCUUCUUCUUCUUCUUCCGCCGGAUGUGGGCGCAGUUUGGGGUCGAUGCUUGGGCCUCCAUCACCCUGGUACAACAUCAUGGGAAAUAUCCUAGAGAUGGGUGCUCAUCCCGACAAGCCGUACCCUCUCGUUUUCAUGGACUGGGUUCGCACGUACGGGGGUGUCUUCAAGUUCCGUCUCAUUGGGACCACCAUGGUGGCCGUGUCAGACCCUGACCUGGUGAAGCAGCUAUGUCUGCGAUCCUUCAUCACUUUCCACGACAGAUCUGAACGUUUUUUGUUCAAUUUCGACCCGAACGGCUUCUUUGCCAGCAGGGGGAACUAUUGGAAAUCGGUCCGCGCAGCUGCCCAACCCAUGUUCACUGCCGCACAUUUGAGGGCUUUUGCCGGGAUCAUGCAGCAGACCUCCUCUGUGCUCCUGAAGAAGCUGAAGGGUGUCUCCCCCGGCCAGACGGUGGAGAUUUCCAGCUGGUUCCACGCCCUCGCGAUGGACACGGUCGGCGAAGCUGCACUUGGUAUCCGGUUCUCCACGCAAGAGCGUAGUAGCGGGCCGGACAAGGCUCUCAUGGAUGCCAUCAGUGCAGACCUCCGCAGUUACGACCCUCACGAGAGGAUGGACCUGGUCGACAUCUUGACAUUUUUCGCGGUUGACGUGCGACUGGUGCGGUGCUUGGCGGCAUUGUCGGCACGAAUCCCCGGAACGAAGCGCUAUAAACUCCAGAAGAACAUCGAGCGCAUCAAGAGAGAAUGCCGAAAGAUAGUGGAAAGCCGGAGGGAGACUUGUUUGUCUAUUAAUAGCAUCGGUAGUGAGGUGGAGGGGGAAGCUCUGACAGGAAAGGGACAAGCCACAUCGUCGGAGCUGAUAGGCAAUUUCCUCGCAUUCAUGACUAAGGCGAAGGUGGAUGAUCCCGCAAACGAGGGACGAACCAAGGAUCUCACAGAUUCUGAAAUGUCAGGAUUGGUGAGGGACAUCCUUGGAGGAGGAUCAGAUACCUCAGCGGGGACGCUGACCUACGCAGUUUAUCUCCUGGAUGCAAAUCCUCGCGUGAAGGAAAAACUGACCGCUGAGAUCGACGACUGGUACAGAAAGCAGGAGUCGUCCGACUUGCAGGGCAAGCGUAACCUGAAAUUCAAUGCUGACACAGAACCGAUUCCAGAUCUGAACGACCUUGUGCAGCUUCCUUACUUGCACCAGGACUCGUGAUCCCACGGUCAGUAUUUUACAUGUAUUACCUGAGAAAGU